GAAAGAGAUCCAUUUUGUGUUUCUCGUUGCUGCGAAGAAAUUAAUGGAGAUCGCGGGUCAAAGAUCGAAUUACUUCCACGACAAACACGCUUCUUCUGUUUCUGUGUCGAUUUCGCCGGAAUUCGAUUCUGCAGUUGCCGGAGAAGAUGGUUAUCAUUUCCAUCAUGUGAUGGAUAGUGAUAGUUCGGUUUCGACGACUAGUAACGAUGGUUUCGGGAUGAAUUUGAGGUUGAAUGGAAGAGAUACCACGUCGUAUAAAAGCUGGGCUCAGCAGACUGAGGAGAGCUACCAGUUGCAGCUAGCUCUAGCACUUCGACUCUCGUCCGACGCAAUGUGCGCGGACGAUUUCAAUUUCCUGGAGCCGACGACGGAUGAAGAGCGCUCCGUUCAGACCGGUUCGAGUCCCCGGUCGGCUCAGGUCCUGACACAAAGAUUCUGGCUGAACGGCUCAAUGACUUAUCAUGAUCAAGUUUCUGAUGGGUUUUACAUGAUUAACGGGAUGGAUCCUUACUUAUGGAGUAUAAGCACUGAUUUUCAAGAGGCAGGGCGAGUCCCAUCAUUUGAAUCUCUCAAGGGCAUUGACCCAAGCGAUGGUUUGUCCAUUGAGGUGACUUUGGUUGAUAAGUUUACUGAUCCUGGUCUGAAGGAACUGCAUCAUUGGAUACUUAGCUUACCUACUAACUUGAUGACUAGUAUAGAAGUUACUCAACUCCUUGCUGAUCUUGUCUAUAGUCGUAUGGGGGGCGAUGCCUCUUGCGGGGAAGAACGUUCUAAUUAUCACUGGAAAGACUGCAUCGAUGCCCUAAAAGCCUCCCAAGGAUCUGUCGUGCUUCCAAUUGGAAGUUUGUCUUUUGGUUUUUGCAUCCACCGUGUGCUUUUAUUUAAAGUUUUAGCAGAUAUGAUUAAUUUACCAUGUCGAAUAACUAGAGGUUGCAAAUACUGUGGGAAGGAUUUUGGUUCAUCCUGUCUUGUACGGCUUGAUAAGGACAGAGAGUAUGUGGUUGAUUUGAUUGGAAGACCCGGAGCUCUAAGUCAGCCUGACUCUUCUCUUAACUGUUCAACUUCAAUGUAUAUUUCUUCACCAUUAUGUCACCCAAGGUCUAGAAAUCUUGAAGUAGCUGAAAACUUCAGGGAUGUGUCAAAGAUAUACUUUUCUGACAAUCAACCUCUUAAUAUUUCUUUUGAUGACACUUCUGUAGAUGAUUCGGAUAUAUGCUGUGCAAAGCCUAAUGAAUUAAAACAUAAUGAACUUGGUGCCUAUGAAUCAUCCGUGUUUCCUGAUCCAGUUUGUAAUUCGAGGUUCAACAGUGUUAGUCAUCAUGAACUUUCUCUCAGUGAGGAGGAUCUAGUCAUCCAAUGGAGUGAUCUCACUUUGAAGGAAAAAAUUGGAUCAGGUUCUUUCGGAACUGUUCAUUUAGCUGAAUGGCGUGGCUCAGAUGUUGCUGUCAAGAUUCUCAUGGAGCAAGAUUUCCUUGAAAAGCUCUGCAGGGAAUUUUUGAGGGAGGUUGCAAUUAUGAAACGCUUGAGACAUCCUAACAUUGUUCUCUUCAUGGGUGCUGUUACUCAGCCUCCUAAACUGUCCAUUAUUACAGAAUAUUUGUCUAGAGGAAGCUUGUAUAAACUUCUGCAAAUACGUGAUGCAGGAGUCAAGAUGGAUGAAAGGCGUCGAUUAAAUAUGGCUUAUGAUGUGGCAAAUGGAAUGAACUACCUUCAUCAGUUAAAACCACCUAUUGUCCAUCGAGAUCUGAAGUCCCCAAAUCUUUUAGUAGACAGUAACUAUACUGUGAAGGUAAGUGAUUUUGGACUCUCAUGUUCCAAGGCCAACACAUUCCUUUCAUCGAAAACAGCUGCUGGGACUCCUGAGUGGAUGGCGCCAGAAGUUCUCCGUGAUGAACUGUCAAAUGAGAAAUCUGAUAUUUAUAGCUUUGGUGUGAUUUUGUGGGAACUCGUGACUCUGCAACAACCUUGGAAAAACAUGAAUGCAACUCAGGUAAUGGCAGCUGUUGGCUUUAAGAGGAGAAGGCUUGAAAUUCCAAGCCAAACCAAUCCUAAAGUAGCGGCCUUGAUUGAAGCCUGUUGGGAUGAGGAUCCACUUAAACGCCCUUCCUUUUCCACUAUUAAGCAAUCACUACAACAAUUCAUCUCUCGUUAAUCCAUACACACUUGCCAGUUCAUGGAAGUAGCGCAGUCACGGUCAAAUAAGCUGAAAUAUCUACUUGCAUGAUCGAUUCUGGUAUUACAACAUUUUAUUAUUCUCCAUAACUCCCAUCCAAACAAACUUCAAAACCCAUUCUUCAAGUUACUGCUAGUCAACUUUCAAAUGAUCGAGUAGAAUAAUAAUAGCAUAAGAUUAUUAUUAUAGUGUAUCUAAGUAAACUUGAUAGCAUGUUGCUUAUUGGAAAAAAGUACAAUAAUUUGUAUGAUUGGAGUUUCAGAUUGUAAAGAACUUAAGUCGAAUGACUAAUUAUAGAAUGAAAAUGUCGAUAUUUUAAGUUUUGUAACCACUUAAGU